CUCUAGCGCCACCUGUUGACGAAGACGACGUUCAACCCGAACACAGCCCGCCACUGUUCCGAGCCCUGCUGUCCGUCAUGGCGAUGCAUGCGAAAGCCACUCCACCGCAGAUCCCCGACACUCGCCGGGAGCUGGCCGAGCUGGUGAAGAGGAAACAAGAGCUCGCCGAGACCUUGGUGAAUCUGGAGAGGCAAAUAUAUGCAUUCGAAGGCAGCUACCUUGAAGACACUCAGAUGUACGGCAACAUCAUCCGAGGAUGGGACAGAUACCUCACUAACCAGAAAAACUCCAACAGCAAGACUGACAGACGAAACCGCAAGUUCAAGGAGGCAGAGCGUUUAUUCAGCAAGUCCUCAGUCACAUCUGUUUCAGCUGUGUGCGCUCUUGGUGGAGUCCCAGAUCAUAUGAACCUCAAACGUGAGGCCGGCAGCGGUACUGAAAGCGAUGCUUCACCGGACCUUCAGAAUCAAGAGAACGAGCCGAGCCAGGAAGACACGGAAGACCCAGACUCUACGCUACAGGACCUGAAACCUCAGAAGGCAGCGUCCUCAUCCUCCUCAGGCAGCCAUCAUGGAAGCCACAAGAAGCGGAAGAACAAAAACAGACACAGCCCUUCUGCCAUGUUUGAUUAUGACUUCGAGUUUGACAUGAAGGUCAACAAGAAACCGAGAGCAGAUUAUUCCACCUAACCAUGACGACAACCAGACGUUCAAGUCCUUGUAUUUUUUUAUAUACAUUUUUCAAUAUAUUCUUUCUGUAAUCUGUUUCUCUUUUGUGUAAACAUUUUGUGAUGAUAAAAAGAAAAUUCCCCUGACAGUAUUUAUUAUGUAAAGAGGUGACAUGUCAAACCAUUUUUUUUUAAGUCAUGGCUCAUUAUAGCCAAAAUAUGUUUUUUGUCUCUAUGGUGGUUCAGUGGAAUCCAAACUCGCGAUUGUUUAUGCUGAAUAAAAACGAAAAAAGGUGUUUCCUCUGUCUGCA